AUGUCCAAACGGAACACACUCGCUGCCCCGAACAUUCAGCUCUUGACCGCGAUGAUGCCUUCGAAUUUGCCCCCAUCUUAUCAACGCGUACCUACAACCACCUCGAUCGACCUCGAAUUGGAAGAUAGGUCAGGCUACACCAAACGGCCAAACGGUCAAGAAUUCGACCAUACAAGCACACCUCUGGCUGUAAACGCUGACGCGGAAGGAAGUAGGAGUAGGAGGUUGAAACCGACCCGAUACUUCUGGGUACCCGAGAAACCUAUCGGAGGGCCAGCAUUGAGCAUAUUGGCGGACCCGGCCGAUUCCUUAGAGGUCGUCCUGGCAAUAACCCGUGAGAAUUUUGACCUGCUGCACGAUAUCCCAGACGAACGUCUCGUCUUCCUAGCAGACGGGGCUACUAUCUUACCUUCCACCUGGCGAUACUUUGCCCAUCAUCCACCCGAGACAAUCCGAAUUUGGGUUGACUGGACGGCGGAAGAGCGGAAGCUGGCGAAAAAGCAGGAGGUCGCUGAGAUACGUCGGGUCCUACUUCUUAGCUUUGCGACCGCCUUCGCGAUUCUAGGAGGAGGAUGCCUGAUCGGAUUGACAGUUUCUAUGCUUGCACCCGGAAGUCGGAAGGAUUGACGAGCAUGAAUAGGAGACUGUAUGAUACGUGGGUGGCGUUCUAUAUGCACUUGUAGUAGGUGAAAACCGCCUGCCGUGUUCUGAAAGGAGACCUGUCCGUCGUGAAUGUCUGCGACACGGGCCCGCUACUCGGUGGGCAUGGCUCGUCGAAUACGAGGAGGGCGGAACACCUCUCGAUGCAUCUCUCCACGUCAACUAUCUUCUCAAGGAUGACGUGAAAUGACUCCGUCGCUGUGAGGUACACGCACCCACGCGAGUCGACAAACCUUAAAAAUCGAACAUUCUUCCGGAAAGCCCCCUUGAAUGUGGAGGAAGCAGGCCCGGCAUGAAGAAGGAGGAAGCAGAAGGAGAGAAAAAGACGACGGCGUCUUUCUCGCA